CGGGCGAUUCCGCAGCCGGGAGCCGGGAGCCUGGGGCCGGGAAGCCGCGCCGCGGCCAGCCCGCUAGGGCCGCAGCGGGGCGAGGGGUGCACGGGGCGUUGGCACGGGGGCACGCGCGUGCGUCGCUGACUUGGAUGCGGCGGGGACGCUUGUGCGCGGGGUGCGCUCGACGCGAGCCAUUCAACAGCUGGCCUCGCGGGCCACAGUCGCAGGGAGCGACCGGGAGCGUUGGCGGUUGCGACUGCGGCGGCUGGAGAGAGGCGGCGGGAGUUCCGCCACCCCAGCGGGGACCCGAGUGGAGGCGCGGCGGCUCCUUAGACUCCCGCCAAAGUGACACUUGCCAUGUGGCCCAUUUGUCCAGGGUUCCCCCAUCGUACACUGGUGUGAAGAGAGUGGACCCUGACUGGAUUCGUGUCUCAUCUCCAGCAUCAGAAGGAAAGUGUCCCCGCGGUUCAGAUGCCACGACGUAGCAGGCUACCGUGAUGAGUUCCCACAAACUGUGGCUUCUCCAGUCGGUCCUUCCUUGAUCACAUUUCCACCUGAAGGUUUCCGGGGGCUACCAUGACGGUCACCGUGGUGUACGAUAACUCCGAGGCCACAGAGCUGUGUGCCGCUCAGCACCUUUACCUCAAGCCCAUCGCGAAACUGAUGAUCAAUGUCUUGCUCCCAGAAAGUUCAGAGCCGACGAGGCCCUUCUCCAACUGGGAAGUUCUGGACCAGCUGAAGAGCCUGAUUUGCCCUGACCAGUUUACCACCGUUCGGCUCUCCAAGAGCACAAAGGACUUCAUCCGAUUUGAGGGCGAAGCCGAGACGCGUAGUCUGGUUCAGAUCUUGAAGGCCAAGUUACAUGGGAAGAUCAUCAAGCUGAAUGGCUUGAAAACGGACUUAAAAGUCGUGGCUACAGAUGCCCAGGGAGAGUGGGAACGCUUCCCCAGGGAAAAGGAGGCCUCAGUGAGCGAUGGGGCCGAAGAGCAGGACCAGGAUAAGAGCCCAGAUUCUAUCUAUUUCGCUGGCUUGCCCUGCAAAUGGUUUGCGCCCAAAGGUUCCAGUGGGGAGAAGCCCUGUGAAGAGAUCCUUCGGGUGGUUUUUGAGAGCUUUGGAAAGAUCAAGAACGUGGACAUCCCUAUGCUGGACCCCUACAGGGAAGUGAUGACCAGUGGAAACUUCGGGGGUUUCAGCUUCGGCUUGCAGACAUUUGAGGCCUUUGUACAGUACCAGGAGUCAACGGACUUCGCAAAAGCCAUGGAGUCCCUUCGAGGGAUGAAGCUGAUGCUGAAAGGAGAUGAUGGGAAAGCUCUGGCCUGUAACAUCAAGGUUAUGUUUGACACGACCAAACAUUUCAGCGAAGGGGCUAUCAGAAGGAGAAAUCAAGAAAGGCUGAAGUUACAAGAGCUAGAGGAAGAAAGGAAGAAAGUAAAGCGAGAUGAGGAGGAGGCUGCAAGAAAAAGAAAAGAGGAGGAGAGGAGAGCCCAGGAAAAGAGGAAGAAGGCCAGGAUGAGGAGACGAGGCCCGAAAGAGAGAGACAGACACCGGCGCAGGAAACCAAAGGCCCGAGCCCCCGUGGAAAGCGCCCGGGAGCCCGACUCUUCGGAGGAGUGGGAGGAGAGGAAGUACCUGCUGGCCCAGAGGCGGGUGGAGGCCCUCCGGCUGCUGCGGGUACUCUUGAGGAAAAUUGCUGUAAGGCUCUUGCUCCGUCCGUCUUCACUGUCGGGAUCCACACAGUUUAACCCACAGGGGGUAGAUGAUGCAAGCCCCAGAGUGAACCAGGCUCCAGGGAACACGCUGGAAAUGCUGAAGCAAGAAGAGUUAAACACCCAGUAUCUUCAAAAUCAGGAGGAAAUGCCAAAAUAUCAGGUUGCCAAGUCAGACAAUAAAGGAAAACAAAAAAUGAAGAAAAGAACUAGGGCUCACUUACGUAAAUCUUCCCACCACCUUGGGAGAAAAAAAAAAAGAUACUCAGCUAGAAAAGAGAGAACUGGAAAGUUAUUAACCGAGGGCUACGGUCACAGUUUGGUCUCUGACCAGAAUUCUUUGCAGAAUGUGAUGAUUCAAGAUCAGUCUCUUGAGGGAGAAGACCAGUGCAGUUCUAACAAAUCCAGUGCUUCUAGAUUAUCUGAGCCAGGCCACGGCAAGAAACAGAAGAUCUAUGAAACAGAUGAAUUUAUUGAUUACCUAUUAAACUACUAUCAAACUCCAGAGUAUGCCCGCAUCUGCCUAGAACCAAGUCAUCUAGCAAUCCCAUGUCAGUGGCAGAGGGCUGUCCGUGCUAAGGGAAACGGAUUUCAGAUCAAUCUGAGAAAACGGAAGCAUCACUCCACCAGUCCGAGCCAAAUGCAAAACCUGGCAGCAAGAGAACGGGUUCAAGAAGAUGAAACCCCAUCCGAGGUUUGUACUCAGGAUCCUGAGCUUAAACCACAAAAGAGAGGAAAAGUGAAUCAUGCCAAAGAAUGUACCGAGGAGUUGAAAAAUCAUUGUAAGGACACAGUCAGCGACGCUGGUGAUCACCUGUCCCCAGCUGAUGGAAAGAGCCAUCUGUUAGAAAAGAUGCAAGCUCACCAGCUCAGAGAUUCCAACUCCCCAAGUCACAGCCAAGUUUCCUCACCUAGGAGGUCAGCCGUCUUAGAUCUGGAGUUGACAGAUUUCUUAGAGGAAAUCAGUAGUGAUUCCGAAUGCUUCAGUGAAACCCUUAGCGUAAACAAAGAGGAGGAAGAGAGGUCUGUGGCCACAUAUGAUAGCUCCCCAGAAAAAAGAUCUCUUGAUGAUGACGACCUCACCACUAGUGAUCGAGAAAUUAGGGCAAGUCCGCAGGCCUUGUAUUCAAAGUGGAGCCGCCAUGGGGAGCACAGCUCCUCCAAACCCAAACUGGGGAAACCAGGCGAGAGGUCCAGGUGUGAAUGGAGAUGUUCGUGGCUGGAGGGCGAAAACCAUUCCAUUAAGAAUGAGAAGAGCACCACCAAAAGGAGGGCAACAGCAAUCCCUAAAUACUUGCUCGGCGGAUCGGGUCCUGGAGGUCUGUUAGACCACAUCACAAGGAAGAGGAGGAGGCUCGGCGACAGCACAUCUGGCCAGCAGGCGAACUACGGGUCCGCUCGUGUGCCCGUAGCAUCAGCCAAAAGUGGUCACGUUUUCUACGUGGGGAAUUUGGCCCAAAGAAGAGAGACCCCAUGGAAGUCAGAAUAUAACCAGGAGGUCAGAAGGUUUAAAAGACACGCGCGUUCUAGAGAUCCCACGCUGAAUUCUGGUAAUUAUUAUAUUAGACAUGACAGUCAGGAGCACCUCAACUAUGGAAGCUAUUUUGGAAAUGGCUACGCUAGUUCUUUGUAUUUUCAGAUGUUUUAAAGGCCUCGUAGAUCAGAAACCCCCUCAUUCUCAGCAAACAAUGUGCAGGAUAGAACACUUAAAACCAAAUACAGCUAAUGUAGUUAGGAACUACAGAGCAAGAGAGCAGCACUUAAAAGCUUGGGCAAGGUCAAAGGCAAAACCUUGUUUCCCUCGCCAAAGUAUAAAGCAUAAAUGACUGCAGGUAUGUUGGUAAACUUUGGAAAUAAGAAACAUCCAGAUUCCAAGGGUUGGUAAAACCACAUGCCUGUACAGCUUGAUCCAAGGAUAGACUUUUGUACAGUGCAGCUGCAACCUGAGACCAGUGCCAGCCAGAAAGCAAAUGGACAUGGCGUGGAGUCAAUAGCCCCCUUGCGGCUCUCUAGCUGUUAGAACACCAUCAUUUAGUGUCCGUUACCUUCAAAGGGGACAACGGCAGCUGAACUAGGAUCUUUUCACCCGUGCUUGGAUUUGGUCAGAAAAGCUAGGUGUGGCCACAAAACUUUCCUUUUAUCCAGACAUAACGACAGGUAGCAGAAGACAUGACAGUUAGGACACAUCACAGACUCAUUUGUGACACCGAUGGUUUCAUGACCACCCACCAGGAGGAAAUUAAUUUCAUCAGUGUGUUCACAGUACUCUAGAGAAUUGUCCUUUGUGAAACAAAACUCGGAACAAUCCACGGAAAGGGCCUCGGAUUGUCUCUUGAGGCUUAAACAGAUAGCGGACCAUUCACAGAACUGUUUUUAGAAGUAUCCCAUGUCAUUCCAUCGUCGAAAAGCAAGAGCACUGAAGCAAAAUAACCAGUGGGAUUUGCAAAAGGCAAGAUGGAAAGAUCCCGGGGUGCCAUGAAUGUCUCUUCGGAAGCUGGGACAUGGCAGUAAUCCGUUUCAGGUUCUGUAAUUCUUUCACUCAGGGUUGGGUGACAUCAGUUUGUAAAAAGCCACUGACUAUCCCCAAACUGACUUUUAUCAAACACGAACAAGUGCCUCCUCGAUCCUCUGUAAUGCCAUGGAGUUAGGAGGAGUCAAGGGCAAAGCCCUAGUUUUCUAGCUGGGGAAAAAAUCGGUAUGUGUGUAGGAUUUGUAAUCUCUUAACAGAAGCAAUUUAUCUUUUUACCUACUGGUUUUGGACUUCUUGAAUAUGUUUUUAAAUGGAGAUAUUUUAUAGAUUCGUAAAGACUUACAUCUCAAUGCAGCGCAUGUUCUAUUGAAAGCUCGGCUGAUUCCUUCUGCCUUAUAUAGGAUUUAGGACCCCAGAGGCAGUAGAUGACCUUCUUUUUUUUUUUUUUUUUUUUUUUUUUUUACCAACAAAGCUUAUACCUGACCCGGCAGUGGAAGACAUCAAUGAGGUUAGACUGGCUGCGGCAGGAAAAGGAGAUUUCCAUUCACAGAAGUAGCGGAAGGCCAUGUUUUUAUAGGGCGUGGUUCAUUUCAGUCUUAACUUGACGUUCUGUAGAUAAGUACCAGCUGUUAGGGCCAAGGGUGGGAUGCCAGUCAGUGGGGUUGCCCCGAAUGACAAGGCACGUCCUGUGCUCAGAACCAGCCUGAUAGCUGAAGGGGCCACGCGAUCUUCUAAUUCACCGAAAGUAAGAACCGCACAUUGUUUCAUUGAUCUCUUCUAAUCGCAUUUAAUAGAGAUACACUAGUUCAUGCAGAAGUUCAAAAAAAUGAAUGUAACGUAGCAGGUCAUGCUUAUUAUUAACGAGACGGUAACCAACGAAUGAUUUGUGGGCUUCCUCGUGUUCAGUUCCACUUCAAGCUUGUGACUCUACCAUCACCACGAGGCUUGGCUUGUCACAUCUGAAAAAAUGGCUCGUGGGGUGAGUGCCUUUUCUCCUCUGAGGACUAGCAAGGACUAUUAAUGUUCAAAGUACUGUUGCCCAGAGUAGCCUUUUAAAGUGCUAAGAGCUUGUGUUUUGUCAGACAACUUUUGGUAACUAGGUAUUUUUUUCUCCUCCAGUGAGACCCUUGCUCCUUAUUUUUUUUUUUCAUGUUUCAUGCCACUGAAACAAAGAACAUUAUGAGUUUGUAAUGGAAAGCAGUUGUGCUUGUUUUGAAAACAAAUCUUCUGCCAUUCGAUAAUUUUUCUUUGCAGAGAUUUUUGGGCAUGAAAACAAUUUGCUUCUCAGUAACCAGACAUAAAAAAAAAAUACGGAAUACAGCAUGUGCAAUUUUUUUUGAGGGGGACAAUAGAACCGGUGCUAAGUCACUUCUAUCUAAUAUUUUGUCUGGUUUUGUUUGUUUGCUAAAUACCAUCCUGGGGCCUAGAAGUAAGUAAAAAUACUGGUUUCAUGUUUACGUUCUGUACAACUUUGGAUUUUUAUAUGUCUUGUGGUAAUGUGUUUUAGAUUUGAAUAAACCUUUGUGUGUGUGUGUGUGUGUAGGCCUUAAAUGAGGAAAAGAACAAUUUAUCCUGUACUUUUCAGUGGAAUGAGUGGCUUAGUAAGGAAUGAAAUAGAACCGAAAAUAUUGUGAUCACUUUCUAUUAAUUAACACUGUUCUUCUUCAUUGUGCUGUUCUUUAAGUGGUGCAAGAGUAUUUUCUCAUCUUUUUUCUAUGACCUAUUAAGUAAGUAAGGGCCUGAACUUUAAACUCUGUCUUUUUAAAUAGGUGUUUUCUUGUGUUUCCCUUGUAUGUGCUGCUAAUAGCGCUUCAAGAAAACUAAAAACCUGUCGAUGUCUUUUUGUUCAAUUUGUUUGAAUUUCUCAGGUAGAAAGCCACAUAACCUGGUAAUUUUGAAAGUAAGAACCAAAUAAAUGUAUUUUUAUUUGUUGUGA